GUUUAAAUUUGAAUUUAUUUGUGUGUAAAUAUGGUUAUUUUUUUAAUUAUUUGGCUCUUUGGGGAUUCCAUACACUGAUUCGUCCUUUCUCAACAAAAAAAGUAGUUCUGAGAGGUCAUAGCUUAAUCACCAACCACAGCUCCACAGCGCCCUCCCCUCUGCUCCGGUUAAACCCGGCACUGCACUGACUAUGGGAGUCCGUGUUCGACUUCUAACCAAAGCACGUCGACCAUCACCGCUUUAUAAAGCCAACGCGGCUUUCUGGGUAACUUUCAGCAGGCUCCGGAGCAGGAAUGACUCUCCUCCAUCUCUAAUUAUUUACUCGCCACCUGUUUCCUCCCGGCUGCUGCACCAGCUCCGACAUCUUGCCCGUUUUCAGCCAAACUACGGGACUUGAUUAUUAUUCUAUGACAACAGCGGCUACAAUUUUCCCCUCAAAAUAACGUCAGCUUGGGAAAUUUUUUUUUGGGCAGCAAUGGCAGAACAUCUCUCUCAAAGUGAACUGGACUACCCAUUCAAACUUCUGGAGUAUUUCAACGGCUUCAGGGUGUCAAAGAUGAUAUUCUCAGCCUGUGAGCUCGGCGUCUUCGACCUCCUGCUGAAGUCCCAGGACGCCCUGAGUGCUCAACACGUGGCGCAGGAACUGGGCACCAGCAUGGACGGGAUGGAGCGGCUGCUGGACGCCCUGGUGGGCAUCGAGAUCCUGGAGGUGGAGACGGCCCAAGGGACGGCUCUGUACAGCAGCACAGACGUAGCUAACCUUUACCUGGCCAAAGGCAGCGCCAAAUCUCUUCACGACAUGAUCAUCUACCGCUCCCAGACCGUCUACCCGCUGUGGAACAACCUGGUGGACGCCAUCAGGGAGGGGAGGAACCAGUACGAAAAGACCUUCGGUCUUCCAUCUGGCCACUUUUUCCAAGCUAUUUACAGGUCUGAGGAGGAGAUGCUGAAAUUCAUGGGGAUCAUGAGCUGUCACUGGGUUCUGGACGGACACGACGUUGUGACGGCGUUCGACCUCUCUCGCUUCCAGAAGGUCGUUGAUCUGGGAGGUUGCACUGGUGCUCUGGCCAAUGAAAUGGCGAGAGCGUAUCCCGCCUCGUCCGUCACCGUGUUUGACCUGCCGCAGGUGGUGGAAGCGGCUCAGAAACAUUUCAAACAGGAGGACAGUGGCGUUACAUUUCAAUCAGGAGAUUUCUUCAGCGAUGAAAUUCCUGGUGCAGACUUGUAUGUGUUGGCCAGAGUCAUUCAUGACUGGCCUGAAGAGAAGUGCCUGGCGCUGCUGAAGAAGGUCUAUGAGACUUGUAAGCCAGGUGAGUUCCCCCGUAACCAAGGGCAUCCCCAUACAUUGGCUGGCCGAUAA